AUGCCAGUGAAGACGCGAAGGACCCCAAAGAAAACAGUGUCGUUUUCCGAUGAGGAAACGCUUACUAGAGCCCGAACAGUGGGCAACAGAAAACGCAAUGUAAACCACGAUGGUCCUCCGAUCUACGUUAAGAGAACCAUCCAAACGGUACCAUUGCACUUGCUGGCGCUUUUGUACUACUUUAUCAAGCUGUCGCAUAGUUUUGACGCAGUUACUCUGCUUUAUAUGCUCACUCCUUUGCAAUUGAUAUACCUGGCAUUGCAGUUCAAUUCCAACACAAUUUAUGGCAAUAAGGUCUUGAAAUUACGCAUGAGUCUGCUGCCAAUUAGUUUGGCCGCAACUCUUGUGCUCACUGUGCCCUGUAUGCUGAUCAUCAUACUUUUGGGCGCGCCAAUUGCGAUACUUUUGAAAGAAACAUGGGUUCUGGCAGCUCACUGCUGCAUUUUGACUUUGCCAGCGGUCUAUUCCAUCUUCAAGUGCAAUUUUAAGGUGGGCAUUUUCAAAAAGUACUUCAUAGCCGUGGCCAUCGGUUGCUGGAUUAGUUGCGUGGUUAUUCCUUUGGAUUGGGAUCGUGAUUGGCAAAACUGGCCUACUCCACUGGUUGUAGGAGCAUAUUUGGGAGCGUUUGUUGGCUAUUCCGUUGGAGCUUACGUGUAG